AAAAAUUGCAGAUACAAAAUUUUUAAAUUUUUGUUCAUAUUUUGUGAAAUAAUCAUCUGUAAUGCACAAUCUAAUGAUCGUUAUAGUAAAAAUCGCAACUACGGUUAUCAAGAGGAAAUUGUGCCCAUACCGAUUGGAUUAAUAACCGAUCAAAAUACUUACGAACUGGGUCGAGUUUUCGAUUACGCAAUAGAGGUAGCUAAUGUAGACACCAGCUCAACUAGACCUCAACUAUUCGCAAAAAAGGACGAACUCAAUUAUGGCGAUUGUUUUGAAGGCUAUGAAAAACUAUGCCAAAUGUUGGAAACAGGUGUUGCCGGUAUAUUUGGUCCUUCAUCCAAACACACUGCCGAACACCUUAUGACUGUUUGUGAAUAUAAAGAUAUACCUUAUUUUUACCCUUUCUUAAAUAGAAACUUGUUAAGUUUUAAUUUAAGUCCGCAUCCAGCUGAUCUGGCAUUAGCUCUUUAUUCGCUUCUAGCUGCAUAUGAAUGGACAAAAUUUACGUUUCUAUAUGAAUCUGUUGAAGAUUUAAACAUGCUUCAUGAAUUAGUGUCACAUUAUAAGAAAAAUGCUCCUAUUAUCACUGUUUUAAGGUACGAUUCCGAACUGAAUGGCGAUUACAAACCGAUUUUAAGAAGAGUGCGCAAAUCGACCGAUAACAAUAUAGUUGUAGUAGGUUCAACUAAUACCAUGGAGGAAUUCUUGAAACAGGCACAACAAGUUGGUAUUAUUAACGAAAGUUACAAUUACAUAAUUGGCAACCUGGAUUUUCAUUCCUUUGACCUAGAGGAGUAUAAGUAUAGUGAAGCAAACAUAACAAGCUUUCGCAUGUUUUCUCCAGAACAACCCAACAUGCAGAAUUUAUUAAAUUCAAUUGACUACACAGAUGUGGAAGAAAUCUUUAGAAAUGGAUCUUGUCCCAUAACAAUGGAAAUGGCUUUGACAUUCGAUGCAGUGCAAUUAUUCGCAGAAACUUUAAAACAUCAUAGCCUUCGUGCUAUUGGAGUUAGUUGUUCUAAAAAUAAUGACAACGUUUUAGAGGAUGGUUCUUCAUUUCGAAACUAUAUGCGCUCGAUGGAUAUUCAAAACAAAACAUUAACUGGUCGCAUUUUUUUCGAUGGAUAUGUACGUAAAGGCUAUACAUUUGAUGUUAUUGAAUUGCAACCCUCAGGUAUUGUAAAAGUUGGAAGUUGGAAUCAAAAUGACGGAUUCAGUGCUCAAAGACUAGCACCUACUAAGUCCCAAUUUGAUAAUGUAGAUAAUUUAUUAGCGGAUAAGACUUUUACGAUAUUACUAUCAGUAUCUAAUAAACCUUAUGCUAGCGUAGUUGAAAGUCAUCAAAUGCUAGAGGGUAACAACCGGUACGAAGGAUAUGGUGUUGACUUAAUAAAAGAACUGGCUGAUAAGCUUGGUUUUAAUUACACUUUCAUGAACGGUGGCAACGACUAUGGUACCUUUGAUAAGAACACAAAUAAAUCAACUGGUAUGCUUAAAGAUAUUAUCGAAGGUACAGCAGACUUGAUUGUAACAGAUUUAACCAUAACAUCAGAACGUCAGGAAGCAGUAGAUUUUUCAACACCAUUCAUGAGUUUGGGUAUUGCGAUAUUAUACGUAAAACCUCAAAAAUCAAAACCAGCGUUAUUUUCAUUUAUGGAUCCGUUCUCUAAAGAAGUGUGGUGGUUUUUGGGUUUAACCUAUUUGGGAGUAUCGUUAAGCUUUUUCAUACUAGGUCGUUUGUCCCCAACUGAAUGGGAUAACCCAUUUCCUUGUGUUGAAGAGCCAACUGAACUGGAAAAUCAAUUUACUAUAGGAAACUCACUUUGGUUUACGACAGGUGCCUUAUUACAACAAGGUUCAGAAAUUGCACCUAAGGCUUGGUCCACGCGACUAGUUGCUUCUAUAUGGUGGUUUUUUACACUGAUUAUAGUAUCUUCCUAUACUGCUAAUUUAGCAGCAUUUUUAACUAUUGAAAAACCAACGAGUUUGAUAGAUAAUGUGCAAGACUUGGCUAAUAAUAAAGGUGGUGUCACUUAUGGUGCUAAACGUUCUGGAUCUACACGAAAUUUUUUUUUGACCUCAAAAGACCCUCUUUAUAAAAAAAUGAAUGAUUUUAUGACAAAUAAUCCAGACUUACUUACUGAUUCAAAUGAAAAUGGUGUUGAACUCGUAAAAAAAGGUGUCAAAUAUGCUUUUCUAAUGGAAUCUACGUCAAUUGAAUACAAUACGAUGCGUGAAUGCGGUCUACGCAAGCUUGGUGAUGCACUAGAUGAAAAAGUAUACGGCAUCGCAAUGAGAAAGAAAUGGCCGUAUGCAGACAAACUUAACCAAGCAAUAUUGGAAUUACAGGAGCAAGGAGCUUUAGCGAAACUGAAAAACAAAUGGUGGAAUGAAGUUGGUGCUGGAUUAUGUUCUUCUAAAGAAGAACCACCAGACGCUUCCGCACUUAAUAUGGAAAAUUUAAAAGGUGUAUACCUUGUGUUGGUAGUAGGUAGCACUCUAGCAAUUAUUUACGGUGUUACUAGUUGGCUGAUAUAUGUUAUUUCAAAGGCUCGUGUGUAUCAUCUGCCAAUAAAAGAUGCAUUUAUAGAAGAGUUUAGAAUUGUGACUGAUCUCCAAACAUACACCCGAGAGCUGAAAAGUUCUGCCUCCGUAUAUUCAGUUAGCAAAAGUUCAUCACUCUCUAGCGCUGUAUCUAGUCAAGCUUUACAAACACGUCGGAAAUUGAAAACAUGAAGUUCUAAUUAAAAUAUUAAUAGUUUUAAAAGUGUUUGUAAAUACUUAUAUUUUGGAAUGUUAAAAUCACAAGCAGAUUUAAGUCUAUCUAAUAAAAAUUGUUUGCGAUAUAUUUUACAACAAUAAAAUAAAUUAAUUUAAAUGAUUAAUUACGAUAAUAAUUUAUAAUUACAAAUAUAGCAACAAGUUGACCAGUUUUUUAAAACUAAACGAAUUCAAAUAGUUAAAAGUUCAUUUAAGUAAAAUAAAUAAGAUAAGUAAAUUUGUUAGUUAAACUUAGAUUGAUACAUUAAACAUACAAUUAACAUUGUAAUCUAAUAUUAAGUAAAAAAACAAACACGGACAUAUAAUAAAUAUCAUUUUGGAGCUGAUGAUAUGAGAAAUAUGUUAUUACAAUAACUGAAUCAAGUGAUUAAACAAAAAACUAUUCGAAUUAGGAGCGCAGAUAAAUUAAUGAGUUCCGCAUCUAUACUAAAGCAUGGAUUAUAUGAAUUAAUUAACCACGGUAAAUACUUUCAUAGCUCAACGCGUUUAUUGUUUAUGUCCAGUCUUUUGCACGCCACAACAGACAAUGGAUAUGGUCGUCAAUAUCAACUGAAGUUGUUUUUGGACUAUUUUUAAAUGGUUCAGAUUGGUUUGAAGUGGAAAUAUUUUUUGUAGUCUGUGUAUCAUCCAUAUAUCUUGAAAUAAGAGAUCGAUAUCGUCUACCAAUUGUGGCAAUAAU